AUUUGUAUGUGCCGCGGGUUAAUCAGUCGGACCGUCUGAAUCAAAAUUCAGUUUUUUUAUUCGCCACUUACGGCAAUCUCGUUAACUUUAAUUUUCAAUCUUGGCUUAUCUUCACGCAUAUAUUGCCCGAGUAAGCUUGGACAUCAUGAAAGCUUCAUUCGUUGUGUUGGCUCUACUUCUCGUCACUGUCUCUCACUGUACAGGAAAAACAUUUACGCGGUGUGAAUUAGCAUUAGAAUUAGACAGACAAGGCUUAGAUCGUGGAAAAAUGAAUGACUGGGUUUGCUUGGUGGAAAAGGAAAGCGCGAGAAAUACGUCAGCUAUUGGCGGGCCGAAUCGUAAUGGCAGCUACGACUACGGAUUAUUUCAAAUUAACGGAAACAUUUGGUGUUCAUUGGGUGUCGCAGGGGGUGAUUGCAACAUAAAAUGCGAAGAUUUACUCGACGACGAUAUAACCGAUGACGUACGAUGCGCUAAAAAGAUUUAUAGAAGACAUAAAUUCUACGCGUGGAAUGGCUGGAAGAAUGGCUGUUUGAACAAAGUUAUUCCGGAUGUUCAUUACUGUUUCAAUUGAGUAUUUAAAUGAAAUUUUUUUAUUUCAUAUUCUUGUAGAUCGGAAAAAAAUAUUUUGGACGUACUUUUUAUUUUUUCGAUUGACUCAAAAUUGCCAUUAAUAUAACAGAUUGAAAACUAUAACAUUGUGACGUCACCCAUGCUAAGAUAUAUCUAUAUAUAUAUAUAUUAAAAUCAGUGAAAUUCAAUCACCUAUAACAUGAAAAACUAUCAUUUUUAACGAAAAACAAAAAAUACGUCCUCAUUAUUUUGGCUUGCACUGCAUUAUGCACCCCUAAGAUAUGAAAAAAAAUUUCAUUCAAAUACUCAAUUGACCGAUCGGAAAUAUGGCCGAUAUGUAAAACUGAUGCGCAAUCUAUUUGUAUAAGUAACAUUGUGUACUCGUAGUAAAUGGUGAUUGCUAUUUGGACCGAUCGAAAAUACAAUAUUUUGCAUUAAGGUUCUGUCAAAAUAAUUCUAUAAUUAUACAUCAAUA